AUGAACGUCGGAUCAAUUCUCAACGGCGAAAGCCAGGAGAGGUCACGCGAGGACAAACAGCUGAAAACUCCAGAAUCCAAACCUUGGGCCUCUCCACACCAAAGACACUCCAUCAACAAUCUUCUAAACGACCCGGCGCCGCCAGCAGCGGAACACCGAGAUUCCGACAGCUCCUUCACGGAAACGCCACGUCCAUACCGCUCCUCAAUUGCCAGUCUCACCAAUGACAAGGACGUGGACUUUGCCACGGGAGAGGAAACCACUAAUGCCACGAGAAGCAGCUUAGAUGGAGCCAAUCGAAAGGCAGUGAAGGGCGAAAAAAUCGAGUUGAAAACGAACCAGUCCGAAUUGCAAGAUAAUUUUGAGUCGAAAGGCAAGUCAGAGGAGACAUUGCUAUCGCCAAAGAGUGAAGUCAAACAGGAACCAUCAGAAAAGUACGUGCCUCCCAAUAAGAAGAGCUCAUCCUCAGUGAUCGACGAUAAAGAAAUCGAGACUCUUGAAAAACUCAAAAACAGUUCCAAGCCUAGAAAACCACGCAGGUACACGACGCCUCCAAUUUGGGCGCAAGAGUGGAUUCCACUGUCUCAAAGAUGGGAAGGACAUGUUCAAAAGCAGAGCCCAACAGGACCGGCUGAAAACGGCGCCAUGGUCAUCUCCGACAAACACGUGUUCAAUCAGGGCCAGAUGACGUCGGUGGAUCUAGAGUGUUCAGUGACGGGAGUGCUUCCGCCUACAUCGGUGGUGAGGACCAUUGCCGAGUGGAUAUAUGCCAACUUUGUGGAGAUCCCGCUAGACAACAGACAAUAUUUGGAACUUGAGCUUAAGUUUGGCACAAUUAUUGACAAGUCAACGGGCCGCCGUUUGGACAUUGGCGUAUCGACAGAGUGUAUUUACACGAAACAAUCCGACAUCAAGUUUGACAUGGGGGUACAUGAGGUUGGGUGGAAAGAAAUGACCAACUAUUUGGAGGAGCUAGAAAAAGCAUUCCAGGAACAGAAAAGGAAAGCAGGAGGAGGGCAAGGUAAACAGGGGCGCAAGUUUUCCACGCUAGAUUCCGACGUGACUGACCAAUUCUUCCAGAUCACUGAGAGAAACGAGCAGCCAAAGAAAGUGAGAAUCAGCAAAGACAACACCUUGACGCCGCCUCGGUAUGUGGCAAUCGAAAAAAAGCGUAUCUCGGACUUGUACAUCCACAAUCCAAUGUCCAUGUACGAUCUCCGUCUACUGAUGCUGUUUGAGUUUCCUAUCCCAGAGAAUAGCGUAGAGCCCAUCCUUAAAAAAAACAAACCAUCCUUAACGAGAAUGAAAAAGAGGAGUACGUGGAGCCAUGCUCCCACAAUCACGCGAUUUGAUUUCACCAAGGUGAGUGUUCCUAAGACACUGAAGAGCAAACUGGGCAAAGCGGUGGUGGAGAGCGACACUUCCUACGAGGUUGAAUUGGAAAUGGACCCGGUAGAGAUUUUCCAUGGAUUUGAUAAGAUUAGGGAUGGUUCUGACACGAUAAGGUUUGAGGAGCUUGUGGAGAUCUUUUUGAACAAUGCCAGGAUCCUCAAUAACAGAGUUACCAAACUAGCAUCAAAAUAG